CUGAACAUCGGGAAGACGGUAGCCGACACAAGUGCUGGUUUUUCGGAUUCGUCAUCUGGCCAGCAUGCAAAGGUCUCGCAGCGAAUCCGACAGACAAAAGGAGAAAAUCUUCUUAGAGACUUGGAGAUGUUGAGAGACCGCGUUGAAUACUUCGCUAGGCAAACCCGUCAUAUAAAUUCUUUGGACGGCAUAGGUUUUGGCCAGAACAAAAGAUUUGACUCACUCAGUGGCGUAUCUUUCGGAGGCCAAAAAAGAAACUUUGACGAAAUCGACCGCACCAAUUUCGAUCGAUUUGUCAAGAAGAACUUUGACGAGAUCGAUCGCACUAAUUUUAAUAGCUUCUUGAAACGCCCCAGCAAGAUGCCAGUGGCCAAUUUGGAGUAGACGCCGACUCUGGAAGCGCGCACACACACGCACACCCAAACACACUUACAUAAUGAUAACAAUAAAAAUAAUAUAAUACAUUAUAUAAUGUUCAUAUAGAUCGACAUUAUACCGACAUAGCUAAAGAAUAUUAUUAUGUAUAAUUUAGGUAUUAUAAAAAAAAAACUCAUAUUGUCGUUAGGUAUCUAUAAUACUAGAUUAGUUACUAUAUAUAAUAUUCCACUGCAUAACAUUACGAUAUUACUUAAUAAUUAUUAUUAAUAAACAAAUGUAGCCAAUCACAAUAGUAUGUCAUUAUGUUACUUAUAAUAACGAUCAUCUGAAGCAUCACCUCAUCUAUUUCGUUGUUUGGAAAAAUGUGCGCGUGCCAUUUUACCGGGUAUAUACCGCACCCUAUAUACCCUAAACCUAUAAAUAUGUACUGUAGAAAUGGAAUUGAAUCCGAUAGUAAGCAUUUUAAAAAGUAAAUUUUAUUUUAAUUUUUGACAUUAAUGUGUAUUAGUCGUCUAAUAAAAAAAAUAUUAUAAUUA